AUGGAUCAACUGUCAAACUCUUUCUCUUUGCUUGAACUGGAUGCAACGGAUGAUAAAGAACAGACAACAAUAGUUGCAGCUGAGGAAGUGGUUAAUGGAAAGGAAAAACCUAAAGGGUCAGAUGCCUCGGCGGAUGAAACAUCGGGUCAGCUUAGUUCAGGAGUGGCUUCUUCAGAGUACAAGAUGCCACUGGUGUGGAUUGACCUGGAAAUGACUGGUUUAAAUGUUGAGAGCGACAGAAUUUUGGAGAUUGCUUGUGUAAUUACAGAUGGUAGUUUGACCAAAUUAAUUGAGGGUCCUGAUUUGGUUAUUCACCAAAGUGAAGAGUGUUUGGAAAGCAUGAAUGAGUGGUGUCAAGAACAUCAUCCAGCAAGUGGGUUGACUGAGAAGGUGCUCAACAGUACAAUCACUGAACAAGAAGCUGAAGCCCGGGUUGUGGAAUUUGUGAGGAAACACGUGGGCACUUACACCCCUCUCCUUGCUGGGAACUCAGUUUACAUGGAUCUUUUGUUUUUGAAGAAGUACAUGCCUGAAUUGGCAAGCCUUUUCUCUCAUGUGCUUGUAGACGUUAGCAGUGUCAAAGCACUCUGCGUGCGUUGGUACCCUAAAGAUAACAAGAAGGCUCCUCAAAAGGAAAACAAGCACAGAGCUAUGGAUGACAUCAAAGAAAGUAUUGCUCAACUCAGAUACUACAAGGAGAACAUUUUCAAACCAUUGAAGUCUAUGAAGUAA